AGACAAAUGACGGAGGAGAACGCGAGGCUGAUCAGCGCUCCCCCAAAAUCAAGGAAGAGGUGACCAGAACCCGCUAGAAAAAAAAUCAGUGGAUAUGAAAUGUUGUCCUUCUUGGAUGUGGCCAUUGAGUUCUCUCCAGAAGAGAGGGAAUGUCUGGAGCCUGCUCAGUGGAAUCUGUACAGGGAUGUGAUGUUGGAGAAUUACAGCAACCUUGAAUUCCUGGGUCUUGCUGUCCGUAAGCCACACUUGGUGACAUUUCUGGAGCAAAGACCAGAGCCUUCAGAUGGGGAGAGACAAGCAGCAGCCACCGUGCACCCAGGAACAAAGCCCAAUGAUCACAGCAGUUACAACAAGGCCAUUGAUUGUAACUCACUACAGAUUCAAUGUCAAAGAAUUCAUACAAAGGAGAAACCCUACAAGUGUGAAGAAUGUGGUAAGGGCCUUAGUUCUUAUAAAGCACUUUCCAUACACCAGAGACUUCACACUGAACAAAAACCCUACAUGUGUAAAGAAUGUCACAAGGCCUUCAAUACUCGCUCAUCCCUUUUUAUACACCAGAAAAGUCAUACUAAUGAGAAAUCCUACAAGUGUGAAGACUGUGGCAGAUCAUUUUAUUAUUCUUCAAUACUGAAGCAACAUCAAAGGAUUCACUUGAGAGAUAGCCAACACAAGUGCAAAGAAUGUGGCAAGUGUUUUUUCUCAUUGUCAUGCCUUAGACAACAUCAAGCAAGAUAUACUAGAAAGAAAUCGUACAAGUGUGAAGAGUGUGGCAAAUGUUUUUACUUCUUUUAUCCCUUCGGCGGCAUCAAGCAAUUCAUUCUGAAGACAAUCUCUAUAAGUGUGCAGAGUGUGGCAAAACUCUUUCCAGUUUUAAAUUACUACAAAAACAUCAGACAGUUCAUACUGGAAAGAAAUUAUACAAGUGUGAGAAGUGUGCCAAAUGUUUUUACUCCCGUUCAUCCCUUCGGCGACAUAAAGCAAUUCAUUCUGGAGAUUAUCCCUAUAAGUGUGCAGAGUGUGGCAAAAUGUUCUCCAGUUUUACAUACUUUCAAGAUCAUCAGACAAUUCAUACUGGAAAGAAAUCAUACGAGUGUGAAGAGUGUGGCAAAUGCUUUUAUUUAUCCUCAUCCCUUUGGCGACAUAAAGCAAUUCAUUCUGAAGACAAUCCCUGUAAGUGUGCGGAGUGUGGCAAAACGUUCUCCAGUUUUACAUACUUUCAAGAUCAUCAGACAAUUCAUACUGGAAAGAAAUCAUACAUAUGUGAAGAGUGUGGCAGAUGUUUCCACUUAUCUUCAUCCCUUCGGCGACAUAAAGCAAUUCAUUCUGAAGACAAUUCCUAUAAGUGUGCAGAGUGUGGCAAAACGUUCUCCAGUUUUACAUACUUUCAAGAUCAUCAGACAAUUCAUACUGGAAAGAAACCAUACAUGUGUGAAGAGUGUGGCAGAUGUUUCCACUUAUCUUCAUCCCUUCGGCGACAUCAGACAAUUCACUGUGAAGACAAUCCCUACAAGUGUGAGAACUGUGGCAGAAGGUUUAAGUCUUCUUUAUUCCUUAAACAACAUCAAACCAUCUAUUCAGCAGACAAUUCUUCUGCCCCUGUACAUUGUAGCAAAUGGUUUUCCUAUUCUGGGGAUCUUCAGGAUCACCAAACAGUUCAUACUGGAGAGAAACCCUUCAAGUGUGAAGAAUGUCACAAGGCCUUUCAAUGUCCCUUAUCCCUUAGUAGACACAAGGGAAUUCAUACUGGAGAGAAUCCCUACAAGUGUGAAGAAUGUCACCAAGCCUUUCUUUGUCCCUCAUCCCUUAGUAGACACAAGAGAGUUCACACUGGAGAGAAACCCUACAAGUGUGAAGAAUGUCACCAAGCCUUUCUUUGUCCCUCAUCCCUUAGUAGACACAAGAGAGUUCACACUGGAGAGAAACCCUACAAGUGUGAAGAGUGUGACAAGGCCUUUCGUUAUGACUCAUCCCUUAAGACACACAGGAGAGUUCAUACUGGAGAGAAACCCUUCAAGUGUGAAGAGUGUCACAGAGCCUUUAAAUGUCCCUCAGCUUUUAGGACACACAAGAGAGUUCACACUGGAGAGAAACCCUAUAAGUGUGAAGACUGUGGCAGGUGCUUUUCCUCAUCUUCAAACCUUAGACGACAUAAAAGAAAAAUUCAUUCUGAAGAGACCCCAUAAAAUUGUGGGGAAUGUUGUAAUUUAAUAUCCUUAUUCAACGUGAUAUAUUUAACACCAGAGAGAAAUCCAACGAAUGUCUUUAAAAGUUUUCUUCCUCAAACUUUAAAACACAUCAUAUGAUUCAUUCUGACUGCACAUGUCAUGUGGGAUUCCCCUCUGUAAGCUGUGAAUAUGUUUUAUUACCAUUGGUUAAUAAAGAAGCUGCAUCAGCCAA